GCCGAAUUUUGGGCGCGAGCGGAAUUUUUGUGGUGUCAGCCCGCUUUUGGUGAUUAUUGCACUGCAACCACCACGACGCAUCGUGUAGACAUUCUUCCCCCGUCAACGCACGCCAAACCCGCAGUCACAAUGUCUACCCCCGAACUCGCUUCGUCCUACGCGGCCCUCAUCCUCGCCGAUGAUGGUGUCGAGAUCACUGCCGACAAGCUGCAGACCCUGAUCAAGGCUGCCGGUGUCGAGGAGUUCGAGCCCAUCUGGGCUUCCAUCUUCGCCAAGGCUCUGGAGGGCAAGGACGUCAAGGACCUGCUCGUCAACGUCGGCUCUGGUGGCGGCGCUGCUGCCCCCGCUGCUGGUGGUGCCGCCGGCGCCGGUGGUGACGCCGCUGCCCCUGCCGCUGAGGAGAAGGAGGAGGAGAAGGAGGAGUCGGACGAGGACAUGGGCUUCGGUCUCUUCGACUAAGCAACUACGCCGCGACGACUGUUUUCUUGCUUCCUUGUACUUCAACUGCAUGGCUUCGGGGUUCACGAUCGAUCGAUCAUACAGGAUGGAGACGGCAUGAUAUAUCCUGCGGGCCUGGACAGAGUAGCUUCGUCAAUAUGAUGAAUGCACUCAAACGACGGAGUUUUCACCCGGGGUGGAGAAUUGGUCAGUUACAGGGCUCUGGAAAACAAAAAAGAGGACUGUUACCAUGCAAACCUCGCGGUCCGCCACCUGGUCUAAGUGAUUGUGUGCAACAGUGGAUACGGACGUUUCCGGCGCCUUGGGGGGAGCUCCCCACGUAUACUUCGAAAAUUGAAGGGACAUGCGCCACCCUGCUGCAGCCGAGGAUGCUCGAUCAAUGCCGGUCUCUCCCAUGGAAUGAGACGGGUCUCCGGCAUCAUACCUGGAAGGACUUUUUGCACACUUGAG